UGUGACCUCCUUCUUCUGUGCGAGCUCAGCACAGUUGCACUCCGCAGUCAUCGUUCCUUCGCCAGUGUUUACAUAAUCACCGCCAUGCCUUGCACUUUGCUGAACCUCUGUGAAUACGACACGCAAAAAGUCGUCAAAAUCAAGAGCGUCAGACUUGGGUCGCUGAAAUGGACGUUAAACGGAGUCAUCUUGAUGUUCAUUUGUAUCAUGAUGUUAUGGAAUAAAGAAUAUCAAGAAUAUGAUCUUGUAGUGAGUUCUGUUACCACAAAGGUUAAGGGAGUGGCAAAGAUAAAUACACCAGACAUUGGAGAAGUUGUGUGGGAUGUGGUGGACUACAGUGGACCAUAUCAGGGAAGAAACUCCUUUUUUGUGGCGACAAAUGUCAUUGUCACUAAAGACCAAAAACAAGGUAACUGCCCUGAGGUUCCACCACAUGGGAAACAGUGUCGGACAGAUAAAGACUGUGAGAAGGGGUUUUCUGACCAACAUAGCCAUGGUAUUCAAACAGGUGCCUGUGUGAAAUUGGAAGUACUAAAGAAAACAUGUGAAAUGACAGCUUGGUGCCCUAUUGAGAACAAGAAGAGUCCCAGACCAGCUCUUCUGGCAUCUGCAGAAAAUUUCACUGUGAUGAUCAAAAAUAACAUCAAAUUUCCAGCAUUUAAUUACACAAGAAGAAACAUCCUGCCUGAAAUGAACGACGCUUACCUUAAAAGCUGCAUUUAUAACCACUACAAAAAUCCAUACUGCCCCAUUUUCCGUUUGGGAGACAUUGUGAGUGCGGCCAAGGAGAAUUUUUCAGAGAUGGCAGUGGAGGGUGGUGUGAUUGGGAUCCAGAUUAACUGGGACUGUGACCUAAACCACAUUUUCCACAGAUGUCUGCCCACAUACUCAUUCCGUCGCUUAGAUGAAAAAGAAAGCAACAAAACCUUGUACCCUGGGCUCAAUUUCAGGUUUGCGAGAUACUCUAUAGUGAAUGGUGUGGAGCAGAGAACGCUCUUUAAAAUGUAUGGGAUUAGGUUUGAUGUGAUGGUGUUUGGAAAGGCAGGAAAGUUCAGCAUCAUUCAGCUAAUCAUCUACAUUGGAUCCACACUCUCAUAUUACGCUCUAACCACAGUAUUCCUGGACUGGCUUAUUGGGACUGGCUGUUACUCCAAAGAGGCAAAACAGAACUACACUGAGAGGAAGUUUGAGGCUGUACAGGACAGAGAAGAGUGCUUGCUUUGUGUAUCAUUUGUGGAUGAGGACAUGUUAAGAGUGGUAAAAAAAUCCAGAAAGAAAAGACUGCAAGAGAAAAAGCCCCUUUCCUUACAUCAGCGCAAAAAUGAUUUGGCGAGCAUGAAGUCUCUGAUGAGCGCUCUACAGUGUGGUCAAAGCAGAAGUGAGUCUGUACAGAACGGCCAGAGUGGUGGGCUGAAGGUAGACAAAAACGAUCCUAGAAGCCAUAGCAGCAGACAAAACACAGACACACCAUUACUGGAGAUGCCACAGUCUGGUUGUCCGGACUGGUGUCAGUGUGGCUGUUGUCGGCCUACAGACUCCUUGCAGGAGCAGCUGUGCUGUCGGUCUAGGAGAGGGCGCUGCAUAACCUCCUCCCCACUCUUUUCAACACUGGUUGUCAAUCGCUCCGUCCUGGAGACUGCUUUGUUUUAUGUGGAUCCCCUAGCAGAGCUGCGUGAGGAGGCUCAGCUGCGCCAUGGGGCCUAUGCUCAAUUUAUUAGAUGGCGGUUUGGUGACAGCACACCCAGAGAUGCUGUUCCAGUAAUACCUAGUUGCUGUAUAUGGAGGAUAAGAACAGAAUACCCCAGCCCUGAUGGGAAAUACAGUGGCCUUAGGCUCUACCAGGCUGUAUUGUCUCAGACAGACUUCAAUAGAUAAGACUUUAUUCAUUUUAUUAGACAUUCAAUCACAAUGCCUUAUGAUUAUGCAUAAAAGGGAAUGAUACUAACUACAAUCAAAAAUACAGUACAAGUCAUUUUUCCAAUUUUAGCCUGCAAAGCAACCAAUUCAUGUAUCAUAUUAAUCACAAAAAAUGCUGUCAAUGCAUUUUACUAACACAGAUGCCUUUGAACUAACAAAAAAAAAAAGGGAACCAAAA